AUGGGAGCCAUUUUACCUCCUCGCUUUUACAAUAACUUUUGUUUUUACAGUUUCUUAGAGAUUUAUAACGAGCGCGUGCAUGAUCUACUAGCCGGCGAAUCAGCUCCACCGACAUGUCACUCGUUGCCCAGGCGCAGGGGUAAUGCACGGAAAGAUCUACGCGUGCGCGAACACCCUGGAAAAGGACCAUAUGUGCAAAAUCUUCGCAGAGUUGCCAUCCACAGUGUAGAUGCUUUACUUGCAUUGGUGAAUGAAGGUGCGAGACGCCGUCGUACUGCAGCAACCAGACGUAAUUCCACAUCCUCGAGGUCCCACGCUCUACUAGAGCUCGCCACCAAAAACGCCACAUUACAUCUUGCUGACUUGGCCGGCAGCGUCACAUCGCUCGCACACUCUGUGUACGUUGAACAACGGUACGAGAUGCCAUCAGACGAUUUCGGGAGACAGGCUUUACACCCGCAGGCCAGCGAGAAAGCCGGUUGGGAGGGUUGCGGCGGAAGACAGAAGGAAGGAGCUAAUAUAAACAAGUCGCUGGUGGCAUUGAGCAAUGUCAUAUCAGCCCUAGUGAGCGGGGGUGGACGAGGAAGGUUCGUCCCAUACCGCGACUCUGCGCUAACAUGGCUUCUUAAGGAUUGUUUUACUGGUGGAGCUACUACUUUUAUCAUAACAACUGUGUCCCCUAGCGUCGCGUGCUACGGCGAGUCUGCGUCGACGUUGCGGUGGGCGGCGCGGGCGCGUCAGUUGCCGGACUGCCGCGUCACGGUGGCGCCGGCGCCUGUCGCCCGCGCGGUGCUGCUGGCUCAUUACACGCGGUUGCUGGACGAGCUCGGCAGGAACUUUAUACGAUACGUUCCUGAAACAGGAAAAAUCUCUUAUGAUAUAAAUCAUUGGACAUUGAAUCCAAGAAAUGACGACUCGCAAUUGACUACAAAUAAACUCGCCAACAUAGGGAACAUUAUGAAUUUAUUGCAUCCUAAAACUGACGCACAAUCGGAAUCAACAGCUUCGUCGGUAGCAAGCGGAAGUUCGGAUGUAAUUAAUAAUACUACGGAUAAACUUACAAAUAUACAAAUAAAUCAAGAUAUUGACAAAGAUGGUAAUAAUUUCUUUGUCCCUAAUUUGGAAAGAACUCAGAGUAUCAAUGAUUUAAAAAUAAUAGCGCCUUUGAGGCACAAACGUAGACAGUAUAAAUCGCAAGAAAUUUUACCAAUUGACGAGGCAAUUCUUAUGAAUCAGCGACCCUCGAACGCAUUACUUAAACAUGAUGCACAUAAAAAUAAUUCAGAACACAAUAAGGACAAAUCGAAUAUUUUACAAACUUCAGUACUAUAUGAUAAUAAUCAAAGAGCAGAGAUAGUCGCAUCCGUUACAGAAAGACUAUACAACAAAAUAAAAAAGAAAGAGGAAGCUGCUGCUUCAAAAAUUGAAUCUGUAAUAGACAAAAAGAUUAUGGAACCCCUAAGUGAGUUACGAAUUUGUACGAAUGCUCGCCAACGUCUGGUGGAAAUAAGUCAGAAAGCUCUUAGGAAUAAACGCAGAAUAGGUAUACCUGCACACACGCAGACUCGUAAAACAGUCACCCGAGUUAGAGACCAAGGAAUCGAUGCACAGACGGAUUUACACACUUAUUUUUAUAAAAAUUGUGAUAACUACACAAUCAGGUGCGAUGCUGCAACAGAAACAUUGCCAUUAACGCCUAGGUGUAAAGAAGUAGCUGUUGGAUCUAAAUAUGGUACGAUAAACUUUAAUGAUAAGUCUACACUAACUGAAGAAAAGAAGAUUGUUAAUAGAAAUUCAUUUGUAAUGACUGACGUUGCUAGAAAAUGUGAUAAUUUCACACAAACGCAUAUAGUACCACCCCCUAGGAGAAAAAGGCGUGGAUGUUAUUGCAAUUGUUCGAGAAUCAUCUCGCCUGCGACUUUUCAUGCAAAUGAUGGAAAUGCUUCCCUAAUAAGCAUCAAUAUAUCUCAAACUAAUCCCAUGGACUCAGAAACGCAAAGUUCCGAUGAGGAUUCUGAGAGUCAGACUGAAAGUUAUGAAAAACCAUCUUCAGUGAAUAUGACACCAGACCUAUUGACUAAUCAUAAUACAUUAGAUGUGAGAUUAAAUUUUGACAGAGAUGUUAAGGAUGAAACAAAUAUCAAUAUUGCUACUAAUGGGGAAACAGAUAUAAAAGUUGACGACACACAAAGUAAAUACAAUAGUGAUUUUUCUGAUUCAGAUGAUUUUGUUUUACCACGUGUAAAAGUUGAUGGCAUAAGAAAAACUAAGUCGCAAGAAAUUAGAGACAUGAUUUUAGGGCGUAACGAUAAUUCUUAUCCAUAUAAUAUAAUAUUAUCACCACCGAGAGAUAGAGAUCAAUCAAAGAUAUUAGUGAAAUUCCAAGAAAGCGAUAUUCCAAGAAAGCAGACGACUUCUGUGGCAUCACAAACUUCAUUGGAUAAACAUAGCCGUAAUUUGAUAAAUGAUAACACUGGAAAUUUUGUAGAAAGAAAUAGCUGCAAUAAUGAUCGUUCCAGCAUUAAUUCAAAUUCAAGUGAGUCAAAAAAAGAUUCAGAUUCAUUUGUGUGGCAAAAAGGGAUUAUGGAUGAUAUUAACUCAAAAUGGACAAACAGUCUAGGGCGAAGGUUUACACCGGUUUAUAAAUUAAAAAAUUCAAGGCCCUCUAAAUCUAAUAACAAAUUAUACAAAAAAUUCCUGGAUUUAAAUAACGAAAAAAAGGAUAAUGAAAGUAGUUCAAACUCUUCACUAAUAAAUAAUAAUAAAGACAUAAUAUCUAGCGAUAGUUCAGAUUCACGUGAUAUGUUUGUACGGAGAAGAGAUUAUUUGGAAAGCAUGUUGAAUUUUAAAUCUGAACAAGACUGUUUUACGAGUUGCGAACAAGAGCUAUUGAAUUCUUGCAAUAAAUUACAAAAGUCUGUAGAUAAGUACGAGAGUUAUAUUGCAAAUUAUCAAAACUCUAUUAAAACUCCGAGAGGUGCUGCUUCUAUACGUACUCCGACCGAAUAUUUACAGCAUUUAGUACAGUUGAGAAGAGAGGUAGUAAAAGGGAACUAUGAAAGAGAAAGUUCACUUGGAAAUAAACUUUAA